AAACAAGUUCAGGGGGCAGUUUCAAAAUAAUCCCAAAAAAAUGUGUUAAUUAAUUGGUAGAUUUUUCUGUCUGAGGGCGAGAGAAAGCCAGAAAGGUUGGGACUCGGGGCACUACUCUUGUGAGAGAACUUGAAGAGAGCGAGGAACGAUGUCGUAUUUGCUGCCCCACCUCCACUCUGGAUGGGCCGUCGAUCAGGCCAUCCUCGCCGAGGAGGAGCGUCUCGUCCUCAUCCGCUUCGGCCACGACUGGGACGAGACCUGUAUGCAGAUGGAUGAAGUGCUUGCUUCAGUUGCUGAGACACUCAAAAACUUUGCUGUGAUUUACCUUGUCGAUAUCACGGAGGUUCCUGAUUUCAACACAAUGUAUGAGCUCUAUGACCCAUCCACUGUCAUGUUCUUUUUCAGAAACAAGCACAUUAUGAUUGACCUUGGCACUGGGAACAACAACAAGAUCAACUGGGCUCUCAAGGACAAGCAAGAGUUCAUUGACAUCGUUGAGACGGUGUACCGUGGGGCAAGGAAGGGACGUGGUCUGGUCAUUGCUCCCAAAGAUUACUCCACCAAGUACCGUUACUAAGCCCUGCUGCUGACAAUGUAAUUCAUUUCAGACAAAACCUUCUAGUUUGGAUGGAGUUACGUUGACCUUUUAUAGGUGAUUUAGGGAAGCAAAUGUAUCUGAAUGUUUUCUAUGCAUACUGCAUUUAAUUGUUUCUUAUUCAGCGUGUUUGGUGCGUGUUCCAGAGAUACCCUUUAUAAACCAAACUAUCGAUUUAUAAAAUGUCGUGUUGAUAAUUCUA